CUUUGAUUUGUGGAGGUUGAGUCAGUUGGAGUGGGGCUGACAGAGGACACUGCAUGUUGGUGAAUAUUUUUGGGUGGUAAAUGUUUAGCUUGUCACCUGGAAGUGAGGACGUUUGGCUGCUUCAGUUGAGGAUUUGAUCAAGAAUACUGUGUGACUCUAUUAGCUAUUAUCCAUUCCUGUUUUUGAGGGUUUGAAAGUGUAGCAGUGGCGAUUGGCUCUGAUUGCCCCGAAAAUAUUUUGAACAAGAUGAGAUAGGGGCGUUGAGAGGAGUUCGUCAUGUCGAAUUUAGAGGGCAACUUGGAAAGUGCCAGGUACUUCUGUACCAAGCAUUCAUGGCGAGGCAAGUACAAGCGAGUGUUUUCUGUUGGCCGCCGCGCCAUUACAACUCUCAACCCGCAAACACUGGAAGUCACGAACCAGUGGGAGUACAAAGAUUUCCUGGAUAUUGGACCAAACCCAAAAGUUGACAAUGAAUACAUUAUUACAGUCAAGAAAGGUGCGAAAAAGUCUGAGACCAUGCGUUUCUCUUGUGACUACCGUGAGGACCUUCUGACUGAAACUCUGAAAUUUCGGCCACUGUUUGGCUCACUGGAUGGAAAGCAACGCAAAGAUGAGGACAGAUUCAAUGCUGCGAAGAUUCAUUGGUCGGAACGCAAGAUGCCCGUGAUCCUGUCAGUGACGGCAUGCUCACUGAAUCAGCAUGAUGCACUUAGCAAGAAGUUAGUGUGUUCGUAUCACUUCAAGAACAUUGAAGCGCUCGCGCUUGUGUCUGACUUCCCCGGCGGCUUUGUUCUCCUUCAUGGAGGCUUUGGUCGCAUGCACAUGUUUGUGCUGGAAGAGCGUGACGUACUGCUACGCAAGGUCAAGGAGAAUGCCAAUGCCUACAUUGGGUUUCAGCUUCGCAUCCGACAAGAGGCCGUAUCGUCAUCAUACUUCCGUGAACGGCGGCUGGGAAAGUUCAGCGCCGACGAGCAUGUGAUGUCUGUGUCGGAGUUCCCAGUGCUGAAGCACAGUCGCCGACAUCCUGAACCUGUGCAGCGUAUCCUGGCAUUGUCAGAGACAUGCCUGGUGGAACGGGAUCCAGCCACGUACAGUGUGGUGACGCUCCGUCCGCUGGCCGAUGUCUUCUCAUUGAUCCGCGGAACGAAGGACCCGCAGCAGUUUGGUAUUGAGUAUGUGAAUGGCGAUACUCGUGUCUACACGUCAACGGACCGAGAUGCACUUCUUGCCUCAGUGCUGGAUGGCGUGCGAGCCAGUGGGAACCGCGAUGUGGUGGUCAAAAUGCAUCCAACACAGAGAGGCAUGCGGCACGGUCCCUUGAGCAUCCCUGUGGAUGAAGAGGUCGAAAGCCAAUUGUUGAAGGCUAUUGGUUCCGCUAUGCCAGGCGAGCAGUUUGCACAUGCCGUGUCAAUGUUCAACACCAAUGUAGCGUACAGUGGUCUACUGCAUGCAGUCACCCAGGAUGGCUUCUUCAUGGAGAACAAAGAGAAGCUGAUCAAUGGUGCUCUAUCUUCUCUCUUAUCCAAAGAAGGUGACCAGGAUGCCAUCUCUGAUAGCCAGCUGGAGGAGCAGUUCCUGGCUCUCCGUCGCCUCUUCGCCUCGAAAGCUGGCUUUGCAGCGUUCAUUGCACUGGCCGGCUGCCGUGAGAAGAUGGGCUGGAAGGUGGUCAAAGCUCUGAAGAGGAAGAACGACGCUAUCACAUUUGCAGCCGUUGACAUGCUCAACUGCUUGAUGCAGCCAAUGCACGAUAACUACGACCUUGGCCAGGAGCAGAUGAACAAGGGCUCCUUGCUGUCGUCCAAGAGCUUCUUGCAGGAGCUGCUGAAGGCAUUCACCAGUCAUGUCAACAUGGGCACUGGUGCACUGGUUAUCAGUGCUCUGCUCGACUUCAUGACGUUUGCACUGUGUGCACCGUACAGCGAGACGACGGAUAGCUCACACUUUGAUGCACUGCUGGAGAUGAUGGCCGAUCAUGGUCGCUAUCUCUUCCGUCUCUUCCAGCAUCCCAGUAUGGCCAUUGUGAAAGGUGCUGGCCUGCUGAUGAAAGCCAUCAUUGAGGAAGGCACAAGUGAGAUAGCGGCCAAGAUGCAGGAUCUUGCUCUGGCUGAGGGUGCACUGCCUCGUCACCUAAGCACCGCACUGUUCACGUCCAGCUCUGACAACCGUAUGCUGACAAACCGGCAGCUAAGUCGUCAUCUUGUUGGUCUGUGGACGGCUGGUCAUCCAGUAGCCCAGGCGUUGCUGCACCGUGUCUUCCCGCUGGGUCUGCUGCUCUACCUAGAGUCAUCCGAUGCUGUUCCUGAGGAGAAGGAUCGCAUGCACGUGCGGGACAAUCUCAAGGCCGUCAAGACGCUGAUGAAGGUACGCAGUCCGGGACAAGUGGAAGGUCUGCUCUUGCAUUGGAAGUCACGGCUCAACAGCAAGAGCAAGAAGGCUGUCGAUCAACGACCUGUGACACUGCGACGACGCCGUCAGAACAUCAAGUCCGACUCCAACUGGCAGCUUUUCUACUACCAGUUUGAAGAGGAUCACAACAAGGCCAGUCUCAUCUGGAACUUCAAGACGCGUGAAGAGCUGCGCGACGCCUUGGAGAAUGAGCUGCGUAACUUCCUGGUCGACCGCGACCUCAUUGCUAACCAGGAUAUCAGCUGGAAUCAUGUAGAGUUUGAAGUACGCUAUGAGAGCUUGCAGGAGGAGAUCAAGAUUGGCGACUACUACCUGAGACUGCUGCUGGAAGAGGGCACCGAGACAGCGGACAUCCAGAACCCUACCGAGUUCUUCAACGAUCUCUACCAUCGCUUCCUGCUCUCGCCCAAGUCGCACAUGAAAGCUAUGUGUCUGCAGGCUAUGACCAUUGUGUAUGCUAAGUCGCACGAAGACAUUGGUCACUUCAACGACGCCAAGUUCAUGGUUGCUCUGCUGGAUCGCUCCACGGAUCGGUUAGAGCGUGACCGUGUGCUGCUCUUCAUUGACAAGCUGCUGCUCAACAAGCGCAAUGUCAAGCAAAUGCUGGACACCAAUCUGCUACGUCAGCUGGUUGAGCUGAUGUCCCUGGCUCACCUGCAUAUUAACCGUGCCACCGUGCCAUUGCAGAGUAAUGUGAUUGAGGCUGGCAGUGAUAUGCAUCGCGACUCUGAGAAAGAGUGGUAUUAUGGCAACAAGGAGAAGGAGCGGCUCGGACCGUUCAGCUUCCGUGAGAUACGUGAGCUGUGGGAAGAGGGCGUUCUUAGUCAGCGUACGCGUUGCUGGGCACAAGGAAUGGAAGGCUGGAAGACCUUGGAUCAGGUUGGUCAGCUGAAGUGGACACUAAUGGCGUCUGGCAUUGCGCUGCUCAACGAGUCUGAGCUGGCAACGCUUGUCCUACAGAUGUUGUCACGCAUGUGCAGCUACUACCCGAGCCGUGACGCUGACGGUGCCAUUAUUCGACCUUUGCCACGGUGCAAGCGACUACUGUCAGAAGCAAACACAUUGCCACACAUCUGUCAGCUCCUGUUGACGUUUGAACCAUCGUUGGUGGAGAAGGUAGCCAUACUACUCAUGGAGAUCAUGGAGGACAAUCCACAGCUGCCGCGCUUGUUCCAGAGCGGUGUGUUCUUCUUCAUCAUGAUGUACACUGGUUCGAAUGUCAUGCCCAUCGGUAAGCUGCUGCAGUCUACACAUCUCAAGCAGGCGUUCAAGUCUGAUGAGCAGUUUGCACAGGCCUCGGACAUGAUGCAGCGCUCUAUCAUCGGACAGAUGUUGCCUGAAGCCAUGGUGCACUUCCUGGAGAACCAUGGCCCGGAGAAGUUUGCGGAGAUCUUCCUGGGCGACUUUGACACCCCGGAGGCAAUCUGGAACAACGAGAUGCGGCGUCUGAUGAUCGAGAAGAUUGCCGCACAUCUGGCUGACUUCAGUCCUCGUUUGACAAGCAAUGUACGUGCUCUCUACAACUAUUGUCCAAUGCCAAUCGUCAGCUAUCCACAGUUGGAGGAUGAGCUCUUCUGCAGCAUAUUCUACCUGCGUCAUCUAUGUGAUAGCACUCGUUUCCCAGACUGGCCGAUCAGUGAUCAUAUUGCACUGCUUAAAGACAUCUUGGAAGCUUGGAAGACAGAGGUUGAAAAGCAGCCUUCUAGCAUGUCCAGCACGGAAGCUCAUGAGACACUUGGUCUGGCCACUGGUCAAGCACACGAAGAGUCCAAGAUUCGCAAGGCCUAUUUCAAGAUGGCACAGAAGUACCAUCCUGACAAGAAUCCUGAUGGUCGUGAGAUCUUUGAAGCUGUCAACAAGGCUUAUGAAUUCCUCUGCUCUAAGCGCUCCAAGGCUGAUGGCCCAGAUCCCGAAAGGAUCGUACUCAUUCUGCAGGCGCAGAGCAUUGUGUUCAAACGUUUCCGCGAGGAUCUUGCCCCGUACAAGUAUUCUGGAUACCCUAUGCUGGUCAAGACUAUUGAGCUGGAGACCAAGGAUGACUCCCUGUUUAGCAAGUCGGCGCCACUCCUCACUGCUGCUGCUGAGCUCUGCUUCCAUACGGUUAACUGUUCUGCUCUCAAUGCUGAAGAACUGCGUAGAGAGAAUGGCAUGGAAUCUCUUCAGGAUGCAUUGUCGCGCUGUGUUGCUGUUCUCAGCCAGUCAUCGGUGCAGAGUGACCGUGCUGUAGAGAUUUGCACACACGUGGCACGCUGCUUCCGCGUUGCCUCUCAGUUUGAAAACUGUCGUGAGAAGUUCACCGAGAUUCCAAUGCUGGUUUCCGACCUGUGCCGCAUCCUCUACUACCGCAACCUGCCCAAGCUGAACUCCGUGGUGGUGCAGACGCUGUCCGGUUUCUGCAUUGACUUCUGGCUGCAGACACAGCUGUUGCAGGCUGGUGUUCUGUGGCAUGUACUGUUGUUCCUGUUCCAGUACGAUUACACACUGGAUGAGAGUGGCGUGCAAACCGACCAGGACACUAACAAGCAAGAAGUCUCCAAUGACCUGGCAAGGCUGAGUAUAGUAUGCUUGGGUCGUCUUGGUGGCUACUUCAAGGGUGAUGAUGAAACCCCGGAUAAUCCUGCUAUCAAGAAAGCCCUGAAUGCCAUGCUGACACCGUACCUAGCUGAGCAGCUAUCAUUGCAACCACCUCGACAAGUGCUCAAGCUUCUCAACAGCAACACGGAGAACCCAUAUCUUAUCUGGGACAAUGCAACACGUGCUGAGCUGGGAGAGUUCCUCGAAGCACAGCAGGAAGCCAAGGUGCGCACUGGUGAAUGUGAUCCAGAGUUGGGAGCUGCGUUCGUCUUUGAGGCACACAAAGAUGAGUUGAUCAUCGGCGGUAUUUUUGUCCGUAUCUACAAUCUCCAACCGACGUUCCCUCUGCAAGAUGCCAGAAAGUUCACUAUUGAUCUGCUCAGCUUCUUGGGAGCCCAGGCUGAAUACCUACACUCACUGAUGGCGUUGACAGCUGGUGACGUGGACACGAGUACGUCCGGCCAGCAAGCUGAUCGCCUCAAGAACUGCACCAUGGCUCUAGAAGGACUGCGCAACGUGUUGCGCAAUCACUCGGGCAGUGAAGAACAGUGCAUUGGACACUUCCGUCUCCUCUUCGCUCUCCUGCGCAUGUCUGGUGCAUCUGCGAUGCAACAGCUUGCUGUGGAAGUUAUCAAUGCCACUACCGCGAAUCGCAAGUGCGUGGCAAGCAUUGCCGAAGCUCAGGUCUUGUCGUAUUUGCUGAUGGUGACAUUCACUCUGCCUGCAUGUCGUCUGACUGCCUUGGAGACUUUGCAUGCUCUCAUGGCCAAUACCGGCAUUGUGAAGGAAGCUAUGCAGAAAGGCGCUCUCAUCUAUAUGCUGGACUUGUUCUGCAAUUCACAAAACCCACUGGUGCGUGAGCAAGCUGCUAGUCUCUUCUCGAAAAUGAUGAGUGAUAAGCUGAUUGGACCCAAGGUUCGCAUUGCCCUGUCCAAGUUCUUGCCGCAGAUCUUCAUUGAUGCAAUGACAGACAACCCUGAGGCAUCUGUGACCAUGUUUGAAGGCAAUCAUGAGAAUCCUGAGCUUGUGUGGAAUGAUGACACCCGUGAACGAGUGAGCGGUGUAGUGAAGCGUCUCCGUACUGAGUUCUACACAAUCCAGAAGGACGACCCCACAGCAAAGUGGCAGCUGCCACUUGACUUUGCCGUUGUGUACACGGAGAUUGAGGGACAGUUGGUCAUUGGUGGAGUUAUUCUCAAGCUCUUCAUUGCCCAGCCCAACUGGGUGCUGCGUCGACCAAAGGAAUUCUUCUUGUCCAUUAUGGGUCAUUUCUUGUUGCUGAUCAGCAAGAACGCACCCAAUGGUGAUGAACUGGAGACUGUAGCACAGGCCGUGUGUGCGCUAUUCACUGCUCAGUCUCAGCUCAUGGAUCAGGUGCCAGUCCAGGGGCACAUCCCCAAGUUGUUUGGUUCAAUGAGCUCCAAGAACAACGCUAUUCCCAAGGCCUGUCUGAUGGUUGUGCGCUCAAUUUCGGACAAUGACUCCUGUGUACGUGCCAUUGCAGCUACAAACUCCAUUGAACCGAUCGUGAACGCAAUGAAAGCCCGGCCGGACUGUGUUAGCUUUGCCGCUGAAGGUCUGGCAUUGAUGUAUGAGCGGCAGAUCCCGGAGCUGGUAGACCAGGCAUUGCGUGCCAAUCUCGUUCAGCACCUACUGGAUGUGCUGGACAGUCCGUUGCAGGAUCUAGAGAAUGCCAGUGCGGCUAAGGCGCAGGUAGUACGGGCACUCAAGGCCAUGCUGAAAGACUUGGCUCGUGGUGAUGAGGUCAACGCUAUCCUGGAGAAGUCUAGCGUGUGGAGCACGUUCCGUGACCAGCGUCACGACCUGUUCAUCACCAACACCAGCAUUGCCGGUUAUCUCCAAGGACCAACAGCUGUAGCGGGCUACUUGACUGCUGGUCCUGCAUCCGGUGGUGCUGCCAUGGCUGCUUCUAGUGAACCACCGCCCAUGGAUCAACCAGACCUCCCUGAGCGCGAUCUUCUAGGGCUGGGCUAAUGACUCUGUUAGCAGAGGCACCAGCAGCGGCAGUAACAGCAGCCCUUCUCCAUGGCUGUCUCUAUCGGAGUCCUCUGACUAUCGUGCUAUUUGGUACUCUGGCGACACAAGUUGCGAUGCCAGAGUUUUACGGCUAUUGUAUCUGCUCUUGUAUCUGUCUUUUAUGUAGGAGUCGGCGUGUUACUUUUGUGAACCAAGUAUUGUUCGUACCUAUUUUUAUCUGAUCUGUUUAUUUAGCUAACCUUUUCAUAAUCAGGUGCUGUUAUCCCACCGGCACUGUUAGUUUCCUCUGUUCAUGGAUGGUAUGUUCUCAUUUUCAGCCACUAUUCCUAUCCUAGGACUUAGCCAAUGCUUCUUUGGCUAUCUAUUUACCAAGUUUGAUUGGUGCGUGCUUUUUAAACAACCGCUUUGCCUGCCUUCAUCGAUUCCCUAUGUUUACACGAAAUGCACACACGCAUUUUAUAUUUCUGCGUAUGGACGGUUAGUGCAAGUGUUCCCCCGGCCCCUCUCUCUCUCUGUAGACUCCUUUCAGAGCAUGUACAGACUCAUGCUUAUGAUAUUAUGUUGUACAUCAGGUACAGCUGUGCUGUUUGCUUGUACAUUCGGUUCAACUGUGCUGUUUGGUACAUCACAUAUACAUGUAUGUUUUUUUUGUUAGUUUUUGCUUGUUUUACUGACCGCUGCAGCUGCAACUGAUUUCUAGAUCAAUCGUCGUUCCUUUUUUUGAACAAAGGAUAUUCACAUUUUAUCAUUAUUUUGUUUUCCUUUGUUUUUCACUGUUGUCCCGGUGGACCGUGUUCCAUUAUGUUGCUAUUGCUGUUGCUCUGCGCGAGUCUCUACCAUUGGAUAGUUGUGCUUCCUUGUAUAUGUAGUCUGUGACUGUGUCAUAUUUGCUGGUACCUGUACCCCCCCCCCCCCCCCCCACUUAUUUGUCACAGUAUGUUGCUGUGGCACUACCAUUGCCUACUUGGUCGGGCUCUUGUCUUCAAGAUGCUUACAAUUGAAGCAUUCUAUACAUGCUUUUCCUAGCUUGCGCUCUUUUUAUAGCAAGGCGUUCGUGAAGUGUGAACUACCUUGACCUCUGCAA